AUGAUCACAAGGGAUUUACAGCUCCGGCGCGGGCUGAUUGGCUUCAACGUGGUAACGCCAAAAGACUUCACGGGCGAGAAGCCGCCCAAGGGAGACGGGGUCCCGCCGGCGGCAGGCACGGCCGGCCUCCCCCGGUCCCGCCACCGGCCGCCCGCGAUGCCGGGAGCCCUCGCGCUGGCCGGCGCCGUGCUCGGCGCCCUCCUGGCGCUGGCGGCGCCGACGCUGACGCCCGUGCACCGCGCCGGCUACUGCGCUUUCUACGGCGAGUGCGGCAGCAACCCGGAGGUGAACGUCUCGCUGGUGCCCUCCAAGGUGCCCUGCCUGUCCAACGAGCCGGCGCGGGUGGCCACGCCGGCGCUGCUGGCCCAGCUGCGGGCCGUGUGCCCUGAGCUGGUGCCCGCCGACGCCAACGACACCCGGGUUUGCUGCUCGCUGGCGCAGCUCAACGCCCUGCAGCUCAGCGUGGCGCUCUCGAGCGCCGUGCUGGCCCGCUGCCCGGCCUGCGCCAGGAACUUCGCCAACAUCUACUGCCGCAACAUCUGCAGCCCCGACCAGAGCCUCUUCACCAACGUCACCCGCGUGGCCCACACCGUGCUGGGCCAGCGCGCCGUCCUCGAGUACCAGUGCUUUUACGACCAGGCUUUCGCCGAAGCCGCCUUCGCCUCGUGCCAGGGCGUGCGGCUGCCGGCCACGGGCGGCUACGCCAUCGACGCCAUGUGCGGGAGCUACGGCGCCAAGCUGUGCACGGCGCAGCGCUGGCUCGACUUCCAGGGCGACAAGAACAACGGUUUGGCCCCGCUGCAGAUCGACUUCCACCUGGUGCCCAACGGCACCGAGCCCGGUGACGGCCUGCAGCCGCUGAGCGGGCGCGCCUGGAGCUGCGGGCAGCCGCUGGACGACUCCGGCGAGCCCUGCUCCUGCCAGGACUGCGCCGAAUCCUGCCCGGCCGUGCCGGCGCCGCCGGGUCCCCGGCCCCGCUUCCGCCUGGGCGCCGCCGACGGCACUUUGGUGCUCUGCUGCCUGCUCUUUGGCUUCCUCGUGCUCUUCUUCGCCACCGGCGUGGCGGCGCAGCGGCUGACCCGGCGCCCGGCGGCACCGGCGGCGCGACGGCGGCGGGCGCCGUGCCGCGGCAGCCGGCUGGGCAGCGCCGCCCGCGGCGCCUUCACCCGCUGGGGCGCCCUGGUGGCCCGGCACCCGGCGGCGGUGCUGGUGGCGGCGGUGCUGGUGGUCAGCGUCCUGGCGGCGGGCAUGGCCAACCUGCGCCUGGUGACGGACCCCGUGGAGCUGUGGUCGGCGCCGGGCAGCCAGGCGCGCCAGGAGAAGGCCUUUUACGACACCCAUUUCGGUCCUUUCCUGCGUACCAACCAGCUCAUCGUGCGGGCGCCGGGGCACCCGGCGGCCCCCUACGACUCGGUGGUGCUGGGCGCCAAGAACUUCAGCGGGGUGCUGAGGGCCGAGGUGCUGCAGGCGCUGCUGGAGCUGCAGCGGCGCCUGGCCGGCGUGGCGGUGUGGGUGGAGGCGGCGGGCCGGGAGGUGACACUGCGCGACAUCUGCUACGCCCCACUGAACCCCACCAACGCCAGCCUGGCCGACUGCUGCGUCACCAGCGUCACCCAGUACUUCCAGAACAACGGCAGCCAUCUGGCCAUGACGGCCACCCAGACCGUGGGCAAGAAGACGGGCACCGUUGACUGGCACGACCAUCUCCUCUACUGCGUCAACUCGCCGCUCUCCUUCAAGGACAUCACGGCGCUGGAGCUGAGCUGCAUGGCUGAGUACGGCGGGCCCGUCUUCCCCUUCCUCGCCUUCGGCGGGUACCCAGGCUCCGAGUACACGGAGGCCGAGGCGCUCAUCGUCACCUACUCGCUCAACAACUUCCCGCGCGACGAUGCCCGCUACGAGUGGGUGCUGCGCUGGGAGGACAGCUUCCUCGCCAUCGUCCGCGACUUCCAGCGCACCCACGGCGCCAACCUCUCCGUGGCCUUCAUGGCCGAGCGCUCGCUGGAGGACGAGAUCAACCGCACCACGAGCGAGGACGUGCCCAUCUUCGCCAUCAGCUACCUCAUCGUCUUCAUCUACGUGGCCCUGGCGCUGGGCGAGUACACGGCGUGGCGCCGCGUGCUGGUGGAGUCCAAGGUGACGCUGGCGCUGGGGGGCAUUGCCGUGGUGCUGGGCUCUGUCUUCGCCUCCAUGGGCUUCCUGGCCUUCAUGGGGCUGUCCUCGUCCCUCAUCAUCCUCGAGGUGGUGCCCUUCCUUGUGCUGGCUGUGGGUGCCGACAACAUCUUCAUCUUCGUGCAGGAGUACCAGCAGCAGUCGGUGCGGGCGCCGGGCGAGACGCGGGAGCAGCACAUCGGGCGGGUGCUGGCGCAGGUGGCACCCAGCAUGCUGCUGUGCAGCCUCUCCGAGGUCAUCUGCUUCCUCCUGGGCUCCCUCUCCUCCAUGCCCGCCGUCCGCACCUUCGCCCUCACCGCCGCCCUGGCCAUCGCCUUCGACUUCCUCCUCCAAAUUUCGGGCUUCGUGGCCCUGGUGGCCCUUGAUGCCCGCCGGCAGGAGGCCGCCCGCUUCGACAUAUGCUGCUGCUGGGAGCUGGAGAAGGGGGCGCCCGGGGGGCCGGGCACCGGGGUGCUGCGCCCGCUCAUGCACCGCUACUACGUGCCCCUGCUGCUGCACCGCAUCACUCGGCCCCUCAUGGUGCUGCUCUUCCUCUUCCUGGCCUGCGCCGGGCUCUACCUCACGCUGCAGGUGUCCGUGGGGCUGGACCAGGAGCUGGCCCUGCCCAAGGACUCCUACAUGCUGGAGUACUUCGCCGCCCUCAACAAGUACCUGGCCGUGGGGGUGCCCACCUACUUCGUCACCACCGGUGGCUACAACUUCUCCUCGCCGGCCGGCACCAACGCCAUCUGCUCCAGCGCCGGCUGCGACGCCGACUCGCUCACCCAGAAGAUCCAAUACGCCACCCUCUUCUCCAACGUGUCCUACUUGGCCAUCCCGGCCACCUCGUGGGUGGACGAUUUCCUCGACUGGCUCAGCCCCACGGGGCGCUGCUGCCGGGUGCACCAGUUCGGGCCCCAGCGGGGCGAGUUUUGCCCCGCCACCAGCGACGCCCUCAGCUGCCUCCUGGGCAAGUGCCUGAAUGCGUCGCGGCGGCCCACGGUGGACGAGUUCGAGCGCUUCCUGCCCUGGUUCCUCUACGACAGGCCCACGCUGCAGUGCCCCAAGGGCGGCUUGGGAGCCUACGACACCUCGGUGAAGAUGGACGCCAACGGCACCAUCCUGGCCUCGCGGUUCAUGGCGUACCACCGGCCGCUGGCCAACUCGCAGGAGUACACGGAGGCGCUGCGGGCGGCUCGCCAGCUGGCCGACAGCAUCACGGCCACCCUGCGCCGGGUGCCCGGCACCCCCGCCGACUUCCGCGUCUUCCCCUACACGGUGACCUACGUGUACUACGAGCAGUACCUGGGCGUGGUGGCCGAGGGCCUCUUCACGCUGACCGUGUGCCUGGUGCCCACCUUCGGCGUCUCCUUCGUGCUGCUGGGCAUGGACCUGCGCUCCAGCCUCGCCACCCUCAUCACCCUCAUCAUGAUCCUCGUGGACACCGUGGGCGUCAUGGCCCUCUGGAGCAUCCCCUACAACGCCGUGUCCCUCAUCAACCUGGUGGCGGCUGUGGGCAUCUCGGUGGAGUUCGUGUCCCACCUCACCUGCGCCUUCACCCGCAGCACCAAGCCUAGCCGCGUGGAGCGGGCAGCCGAGGCCACCGUCAACAUGGGCAGCAAGGUGGUGGCUGGUGUGGCCAUGACCAACCUGCCGGGCAUCGUGGUGUUGGCCUUCGCCAAGGCCCAGCUCAUCCAGAUCUUCUUCUUCCGUCUCAACCUCAUCAUCACCCUCGCCGGCCUGGCACAUGGCCUUGUCUUCCUCCCCGUCCUGCUCAGCUACGUGGGACCCAGCCCACGGGUGCCUGCAGCCACCGCAGCCGCCGCCAAGGAGAGCACGGAGCAGGGUGCGGGGAAGGGCCUCGACAACCGCUGCUUCGAGGACCCGGCGCCGUCCCCAAGGCAGCGCUGAGCCCCGGCGGCCGCCCCACGCGCGGGCACCGCGCCGCUGCUUUUUCUAUUGCGCUCGUAUUUAAACU